AUGGCUAACAAGAAUUUCCUCAUGGACAAGUUUGUGCACAACAAUGGCUCAAUCAACUACUGCGUUCGCUGGGAUAGCAGUACGACGCUGUCUAAGGAUGUGGCAUCCAAGUUCCAGGGCAUCCUGGAGCGCCACUAUAACGCGUGGAACACAUGGUUGGAGGGCUACAACUGCUGGCCAUUUACAGAGCUCAAGGUCAACAUGGUGGGGUGGGCUUCCAAGGACAAGGCGCAGUUCGAAUGGACGGACAACUCGCUUGGUCCGUUCUACGACGGAAGUGUGGACUCGGACGGUGUGCCGCAGUGUCCAGACGAGUGCUACCGCUACUUCGACAAUGUGAACAACCGAUGGUCGGACACGAGCUCCUGCACGGGCGAGCCAUUCGAUAAUAUCCUGUUUAUCGGCCACGAAAUUGGCGACGGCUUCGGUUUGCCAGAUUUUUACGGACUCGAGACCAAGCCGUCCAAGGACUUCCCCAACUCCGUCAUGAUGGCGUACAGCUUCGUCACCAUUACACCGAGCGAUGGCUGGAUGUUGCGUCGCAUCCUCGACCAUGUUAGGGACCGCUACAAGUUUUAA